AUCCCGGAGUUUAAAUAGGUAAACUUUGCCUCAUAGCUCCUCACUCUUUCGUUACAAAACGUAACUCCGGCUUUCAUUCACUCAUUAGUUGUCAUUACACCCGAACAAGAGUUUGAAGUGACGGAAACACCGAGGUCUGCUUCUGACACAUCAAAUGGUCAAACAAGAGAACUGCGUCCUGCUGCCUUGUGUUAGCUCCAUCUAACAGCAGCAGCAUCACCACCAACUUCCCGCUGCUUUUCACGUCCCCAGUUCUUCGUUGAACUGCUGCCCUCAGUGUGAAGCACCACGGCGAAGGAUGAACAAGCUUUCUCUGGGAGACAGAGCUGCUUCAAGCAGGCAGACCCGCUGGGUGGAUCCGUCCUUCACUGAUUUUCCAGGGGAAAGCUUUUCUCUGUCUGGACGGAGAAAGGGCAGCCAGGUUUUGUGCUCCAAGGUUGAGCCCAAGAGGCCCAGGAAGAGGAAAGGAGAGGCCGGCAGCUCAGACCCUCACGCGUCCUGCCUGCUGAACGAGUCAGCCCAGAGGGACCAGGAUGAGUCCUGGGUGGACAGAUACUCGCCCUGUUCACAGGCUGAGCUAGCUGUCCACAAGAAGAAGAUAGAGGAAGUGGAGAACUGGAUGAGAGUUCACACAAACACAUCAGAGGGUGGCAUCUUGCUGCUGAUGGGACCAUCAGGCUGUGGAAAGACUGCCACAGUCCAGGUUUUGUCUCGGGAGUUGGGCCUCAGGGUUCAGGAAUGGACCAACCCCACCAACCUGGAGCCAUACAGCAGCAGUCAGCAUGAAUGGAGGAUGAACGGCUUGUCCUGCAGCUCCCAGUUAGCCCAGUUCCAGGACUUCCUCCUCAGAGCCAACAAGUACAACUGCCUGAAGAUGGCCGGUGAUGGAGGAGCUACAGACAGGAAGCUCAUACUAGUGGAGGAUUUCCCAAACCAGUUCUACAGGCAGCCUGGCAGCCUGCAUGAUAUCCUGAGGCGCUUUGUGAAGACCAGUCGACGUCCCCUGGUGUUCAUAGUGUCGGACAGUCUGAGUGGAGACAGCAGCUCACGCUUUCUUUUUCCCAGAGAGAUCCAGGAGGAGCUGGACAUCAGCAGCAUUAGUUUUAAUCCAGUGGCUCCUACCACAAUGAUGAAGGUCCUGACUCGAAUUUCAAGCCUGGAGACAGGAAAGAGCUGUGGGAGGAUGUUCACCCCAGACCAGGCAGUGUUGGAGACACUGUGUUCAGGAAGCUCAGGAGACAUUCGCAGUGCCAUCAACAGCCUCCAGUUUUCCUCCCUCCCAGACACGUCAUUGGAAAAGGGGCUGUGGAGGAUGAAGAAGGACAGACCUGUGACUUCACUGGGUAAAGCUGUUUCCAGGACAAACCAGAGGAAGAAGAAGUCCAAACAGACAAAGGAGCAGGAAGAGGAGCAGGCUAUUGGAGGGAAAGAUGCUUCUCUGUUCCUGUUCAGAGCACUGGGAAAGAUCCUGCACUGCAAACGAGGGAAUCACAAAGGUGCUGAAGCAGCUGACUGUGCCACUGGACCUGGUCUACCAUCUCACCUGUCUCAUCAUCACAGAGAAGCAUUCCUAGUAGACCCUGAGUUGGUUGUUGAGCGUUCACACAUGUCUGGAGAGUUCUUCAACCUGUACCUCCACCAGAACUACCUGGACUUCUUCUCUGAGGUGGAGGAUGUGGACCGGGCCAGCGAGUAUCUGUCUGAUGCUGACCUCCUCACUGCUGAUUGGGCGUGUCGCAGCACCAUGGAGGAUUAUGGGUCUUCAGUGGCCACCAGGGGGCUCCUUCACUCCAACUCUCAACAAGUUUCAGUUGGUUUCAGACCGCUGCACAAACCCAGCUGGCUGCUGGUCAGCAAGAAGCACCAGGAGAACUGCCUGGCUGCCCAGUCCCUGUUCAGGAGCUUCUGCCUGACACCAGUCAGCCUGCAGACUGAACUGCUGCCAUACCUGGCCCAACUCACCAACCCAAUGAGGAACCAAGUUCAGAUAGCUUUUAUCCAGGACGUGGGUCAGAUGUCACUGAGGAGGUUCCCCGGCAGAUUAAAACUGGAGGCUCUGACAGACAAAGAGCCGGGCCAGCUGGAGAUAGACAGUGAGGAGGAAGAGGAGGAGACAGAGGAAGGUCAGGGUUUGGUUGAGGAGAGUCUGCCCGCCAGUCAGCCCCAACCCACUACAAGCCAAGUCCUUCUGGAGGAGGAGGACCUGAUCAUAGAGGAAUACACCAGCGACUAACAGGCAUGGCUCUGUCACUGUCACACUGUUUUUUGUUGAGUUUUGGGUUAGUAUGGAGGAAGAUUAGCGCCACACGAAAUAACAAAAAGAGCUCUAAGAUUCAUUUCUGCCGUGAGGAAAACCAAACUGUUAGUUAAAACGUUGGUGUAGAAGCGCCCCGGUGGCUCACCUGGUGGAGUGUGCACACCGUGUACAAGGCUGAGUCCUUACCGCAGCGCCGCGGGUUCGAACCCAGCCCGCGGCCCUUUGCUGCAUGUCAUCCCCCUCUCUCCCACAGUUCCUGUCUCUCUUCAGCUGUUCAUCAAAUAAAGGCAAAAAAACAGUUGGUGUACUUGCACUUUUUCCCCAGAAUUCUGACUUUAAUCUUUGAAAAUUUCGAUUUAUUUAUUUAUUUUUUUGCUUCACAAUUUGUAAGAUUGAUCCCAGAACUCAAAUAAUCCUCCGCUAACCCAAGGAGGGUCAGAAUGUUGCUGACUGUGUGCUACUUCUGGUAUUACCAGUAUGUUUGCCCCAUCAUGUCAUCUGUACAAGAUACAAGAUAUGCUCAUUUUUCAAACUAGCUUGUUGUCUUGUAGAACCUGAAUUGAAUGUGAUUCUGUAAAAAAUGAAAACAUGUGGAUUAAUUGUUAUAAUCCCCCCAGUUGAGUUCUUGAAAUAUUGUCAGUAUUUAUUUGUUUAAAGUGCAUGUUCAGCACUUGUUUUUGUGUUGCUGUGUUGAGCCUGGAUUCACCUGUAAUGGAGAAGUGUCCCAUGGAUGGAGAAGAACUAUUACAGUAAAUGCUUAUUGAGGGAUACAUAGUUAAAUCUAAAAAAGGAUGUGAAUAAAAAUGAGUUGUGAAAAGCUGA